AUGACCUUGUUGACUGGAAUCGGUGCUGUAGCAAGCAGUGGGCUAUACGACGUGGAAGAGAGCUUGGACGCGGUAAGUCGCUUUAUAGCAUACAUGAAAUGACAUGCUAAGUAUAUUUUACCUUUAAAAUAUUGUCAGGUCGGCAUUAUUGAGCAUUGGGGAUACCCUGCUGAGACCCACACCGCCGAGACUGAAGAUGGUUGGCUCCUUGACAUCCAUCGCAUUCCUCACGGCAAAGUUGAUGAUGGAAAGACGAACAAGCCGGUAGUUAUCCUCCAUCAUGGAGUUGAAUGUGCCAGUGACAAUUUUGUUCUGAACCUUCCGAAUCAAAGUGCCGGAUUCGUCUUUGCGGAUGCUGGCUUUGAUGUUUGGAUGCCCAAUUCUCGAGGGAACACCUAUACAAAUCAUGUCAAAUACAACCGGCUUCAACCCGAUUUUUGGAAGUUCACGUAAGUUUUGAUGCUGUUAGACAGGCAUCUUAAAGGAUGAAAAAUCAUUUUUCAUACCCAAUUUCAGCGCCGACGACAUGCAAAAAUACGACCUUCCAGCCGUUUUCGACCUUAUCGAGAACGUUACCGGUCAAUCUUCCGUUUACUAUGUUGGCCACAGUCAAGGCACCGUGAUCAUGUUUGCCAAGCUCUCCGAUGACCCUUCUUUUAACCGUCGCCUCAAAAAGUUCUUCGCUCUCGGCCCUGGAGUUCAGUUCACAGGCGUUCAAGGUCCCUUCCGAUUAAUCUGUCAAACCGACAGCCUUAUUCUUGGCGACGUCAUCUGGGAUCUUCUUCCUUGGACUGAGUUUGCUCUAGGAUUGUUGGACCAAAAAACUGUUGAUGUUUUGGCUGCAUUAACUUGCACAUUGGACAUUCAGCGAGAAUAUUGCGCUAAUGUCUUCUAUUGGAUCGGAGGAAAAAGCAUUCAAACGAAUGUUACUAGGAUGAACGUCUUUUUGACACAUAUUCCCGCUGGAACUUCAACAGCCAACAUUCAACGGUACUGUCAGUCGUUGAACAACGGAGGCUUCAACUGGUACAAAUUCCCAACCGAAGCCGAGAAUAUUGCUCAUUAUGGAAGUGUAUGUGAACAGCAUUUUUUAGUUAAAAGCAGGGGGGAGGGGUGUCUCCGUCGGUAAAUAUUAUAGGUUUAGAAAAAAAAUGAAAAAAGCGGAUAUUAGUAUCUAGCGGUAUAUUUCAUAACACAAGUAAUAAAAUUAGAAAAGAUUAUAUGGUCCAACCUAUUGCUUUGCAAAGCAAAGGCUUCAUUUUUUGAAAAGAGUUGAACAACAUCUAACCAGCACAUUUUUCAGGCCACUCCGCCAUCAUACGAUCUCUCCAACGUCAAUGUCCCCAUCUAUUUGUACACCACUCCACUUGACUAUUUCACCACUCAACAAGAUCUUGAUGGCUUUUUGAUUCCACAUCUAAAUGACAGUCUUAUCGUUGAAUACAACCGCUACCCCAACUACAGCCAUAUGGACUUGAUCUGGGGUCUCAACGCCACGGCUGAUAUCUUCAGCAAGAUUGUCAACACAAUCAACGAAGAUUUGGCUGGAAACUGA